AUGGCGUGUACCUACAGCCAGCGAUCUCUAAUCGUACUGGCAUUUUUGGGGAUUCUCUCUAUACUUAUGUCCUUAUUGUCAGUCAUCCUGAUUUUUCAACUGCAAUCGCAUAACGCGGGAAUUAAGGAUAAUGCUGCACAGUCGUCGGUUUUUCCCACGGAAGUUUUGGCUGCGCUUAUGCCGGUAUCCGCGGUGCUCUCGGCCUUAUCUCUGAUGCUCAACCUCAGUUCUGUGGUGGUCUGCCUGCUUCACAGCUACUUCACUGCCGACAUUUGCAGAGAUGAGGAGAAUACCGGCAGAGCGGACUGGUUUCUAUUGGACAGCAGGGCCGUCCGGCAUGUGGCCAUUGGACUCUUUUGCCUCGGUGUCUCUGUAUUCCUGGCGGCCAUGUCCAUCUACAUGCUGCUGGUGUUCGAGAUGGAGACGGGGAUCGCCAGCGCCUGCGUCCUAGCAUGUGGCAUCCUGCUGCUGCUUGCCGCUGUGUCGCACUCCUUAGUGUGCGCGGCGAACACGGCCAGGCAGUACCACGGCGACCUCCCUGACACCAUGUACCGGAACGAGCAUGACGACACCCCCGGCAUCCACGCCUCUGAUGUCAACGUGGGAGGCGAACCCAAGCAGCACCGCCGCCGUCCCAGCCUCCAGCGCCAGCUCUCCUACCCGCCCUGCGCCGACCCCAAGCCACUCAAGCACCAGUACUCACCGUCCGGUAUCGCCCAGAGCCGUGGCAGCGAUAAAGAGGGCUACAGCAGCGGUGUGAGUGUUCCCAGGAUGCACCGCACCCUGUCGGCCGAGUCCGGGCUGCUGCAGACCCAGUCCAAGCCCUGGAACGGAGUCAACAGCGAGAUGAGGACUGUGCUAGCACGGAAGACUGGUGGUGCGGGCAAGGACUCCACUCUGGUGUGACCUGGGCCGACCCUGCGAGCGGCACAUCCAGGAAACACGCCACGUCUGAGUUUCGUGUUGGCUGGCUAGGGCAUCUUCAGUGGCACUCUAACCGGUAUUCCCUGAACUCUUGGAAGUUUGUUUACACCAUUUCAACUCUACAACUGUUGGGCAACUAAAUUCCUAUCGACAUACUCUAAUCGCCUUGAGGUAUACAGUUAAUUGUCUGUCGAACAGGACGAUUGGCAAACAUUUCCAGUGAAGUUCUUCUUUUGGGAUGUUACUGCGAGGCUCUUUUACUGCGAGUAGAAGUGAAAAAUGCAUAGAAGGAUGAUUCUUUUAUUGUAUUCAAGUGGCCGCGCAUUUAACGAGCCAGACUACAAAGGUGUUUGUCAAUAACUAUUUCCAAUAGUUGGAGAACAUGAUGUGUGUGCUGAUUAA